UAUACACGGUGUAUACGGUGGUGACAGUGGUCGUGGUGGCCGUGGUGGUCGUGGUGGUCGUAAUAUACUGAGGUAUUUAUUAUACGUUGUAUAUAUACGCAGUAUACACAGUGUAUACGGUGGUGGCAGUGGUCGUGGUGGUCGUGGUGGCCGUGGUGGUCGUGGUGGUCGUAAUAUACUGAGGUAUUAUACGUUGUAUACGCAGUAUACACGGUGUAUACGGUGGUGGCAGUGGUCGUGGUGGUCGUGGUGGCCGUGGUGGUCGUGGUGGUCGUAAUAUACUGAGGUAUUUAUUAUACGCAGUAUAUACACGGUGUAUACGAUGGUGGCAGUGGUCGUGGUGGUGGUGGUGGCCGUGGUGGUUGUGGUGCAUGGUCGUAAUAUACUGAGGUAUUAUACGUUGUAUAUAUACGCAGUAUACACGGUGUAUACGGUGGUGGCAGUGGUCGUGGUGGUCGUGGUGGCCGUGGUGGUCGUAAUAUAUUGAG